CUCGUGGCCACGGUCCAAGCGCUUUCGGAGCUGCAGUAAUGCGUUUGUUGGGUUAUCUUUGCUGAGCCCUGAGGCGUUGUGCCCUCUCAGAGAGUUUUACAUACACUAACAAAUAAAGUGGGCCGUUUGUCAGCAGGGUUUCUCCAUUUAUUGUUUUGCUGCUGCUGUGACAGAAGCUACGGAAACAGCACCUGUCCAAUCACUGUAGGCUAACGCGCAGGGCGCGCGUUGAGACUUCUGAACAUCACAGACAAAAUGAUCUACAUCAUAAUGGGAGUCUCGGGUUGUGGAAAAACCAGUUUGGGAACAUUCCUUUCUGAAAAGCUCGGCUGGCCCUUCUAUGAAGGCGACAACUUCCACCCGCAGGAGAACAUUGAGAAGAUGGCUCGUGGAGAACCGCUCACAGACCAGGACAGACUUCCUUGGCUUCUCAGACUACAUGAAGUCAUUGAGAGAGAAAGGUCUUCAGGCUCAGACGCUGUUUUAGCGUGUUCAGCUCUGAAGCGCCUCUACCGGCAGAUCCUCCUCCAUGGCUCCACGGCGGUGGCACCGACCAGUAGCGCCUCACUUCCCUCCUCUCCAGAGGUCUUCUUCCUCUACCUGCAUGGCGACUACGAUCUCAUUCACCAGAGGAUGGUGGCCCGACAGGGACAUUACAUGAAGGCAGAUCUGCUGCGCUCCCAGUUUGAUAUUUUGGAGCCUCCGUCAGACGAGGAGAACGCGCUCACCCUGGACAUCAGGAAAAGCCGGAACGAGAUGAUCCUGGAAGUAGAGAGGCACAUUGAGAGUCUGAAGUUGUGAAGCGGGAAUCGUGGCAAAUGAACGGGAACAAUACGCGGUUUAUUACUUGAGUGGUUCUUACCCAUUUUUUCAUGGGUAAAUGAACUGAACGUUUGCUUUAUUGCCCUGAAAAGACCUUCAAAUCCAGAUGUCUUAAAUGUUACAUAUGAGUAAUAAGCACAUUAUUUGCUACAUAGUAAUAAGUCUUUAUGAUCAUUUCCCUCAUCUCUUAACCUACUUUUUUAUUUUCAAAAAAUGAAGUCCAGAAUUUAUUGCUGUGUGUUGUCAUACGCGUUUUUCUCCCCGAAAGAAAUAAUAUUUUUAUAAUCAAUUGUCUUUUUAUGGGAAUUAACAAGAUGAUAGAAGUUUACCUUAUGAUCACAUACCUGCUCACUAAGUGCAAUCCUAGAAAAUUUUCUCACAAUGAGUAAAAGGAUUUGAAGUAAAAUGUUUUUAAGAUUAUAAAAAGUAAAAAUUUAUGCAAAGUUGAGGUUUAAAUUAUUUAUACUCCUGGCAGAUUUAAGUUUAAAGUAAUUUUUACAUUUUGCCAACUUGUUUCUUCUCACUGGAGGUAAUCUUAAUGUUUUUAGAGCGACUGGAUUAAAUCUGAUUGGGAAUCUGUGAAGGGAGCUGAAGAUUAGGGUGAUGACAAGGAGCCCUUCCACUCUCAAACAUUUGGAGCUCAUAUAUAAGGAGAGUUUGAUUGCUGCAAUGCCUAUAAAGAUUUUGCCUUUGAUUAUUGAGAAGGGCAUAAAAUAUUAAACAUUUAUUUUUUUUUAUUAUAUGCAAAUAAAAAUAGUUGUUUUAA